AUCCAGUAGUUGCCCGGCUUUGGCACAGAGCGUUCCUUACAUCAGCAGCUCCUUCAAAAUAGCAAAGACGAGUUGUUUCAGUGAGACGGGCGCUUGCGCGUUUCAAUUACCAUCUCAGAGACCAUCAUCUUCCGUUUUUUUCGUUUUCUUCUCCACUUGGCUGAAAAAUAUUUUUUCUUUCUUCUUUACCAUCAACGUGCUGUAACUGCAAUUAGACGUCUGCUAUGGGGUCGACGAUCGACGUUUGAUUGAUCAUCGACGACUAAACAUUUACCGAACAUCCCCUCGCGGCUAGAUUCUCGUGAAAAAUUCCUUUCGGGACGGGUUAACCCCAUCAAAAGUUGUGGCAAUUUAUUUUUCCUUUUUUUGCUUGUUAUUGGCGAACGAUGGCGAAUCGACUGGCCUAUUCAAUCGUGUUGACCUUGUGUCUAAUACGCUGGUCUGGCUCCUCGACGGUGCCAGUCAGCGAAACGACGAUGGAGCCCAUCCAGCAUGAAAAACAGUCUGAGGCUCCUCCGCUGGAUGAAUUGGAGACGCUAAACGGGACGGAAGCCAAUGUCGACGACAUCCUGUCGGCUACGGCCGAGCCUCCAGUUGCGACGACAAAGUCUCAGCCCAGUUUGGUUGUGGUGCUGAACCCGUUGUUAUCGCCGGCCGGCCGCACAGAUGCGACCACCAGUCCAGCACCAGUCACAACGACACCGGCCGAGGAAAUUGUAAUUGACUCGGACGUCCCGGCGACUCUGAAUGGCACUGAAUUGGAUUUGGAAAACGCCACAGAGUCGACGAACUCUGCACUGCCUUGGCCGCCGACCCCAUCAUCGACGGCCAUCACAACGACGUCCGAAGUGACGCCCACCGUGCGGACGACGUAUCCCGAUGUCGAAUCGUCGGCCGAGUCCUUCGACAGCGGAGAAUCUUCGUCGUCUUAUUCUUCCGUUUCCAAAUCGGCGUCCGCCUUGCCAACUGAACCGUCGUCGUUUGCCCAGGACAAGACUCUUCUUCCUCUGAGUACAACUCCACUUCCAAUUCCUCCACUGUGGCCGUGGAUGCUCUUCAUUCUCAACGGCAACGCCACGGUGGCCAACCGCCGCCAGCGGGACCUGGGAACCUAUCUCCGCCUCAACCUGGCCGCCCGCCUUGACGCCGAUUACAACGAUGUGGCCAUCAACAGGAUCCUUCUGACGCCACAGGCCAUCGUUGCCAACAUCAGCGUUGAACCGUCACAUCUCGUUUACGGUGGAACGGGCGCCGCUGGACUCGAGGCCCUCGGACAGGGCAACGUCACUCUACUGGAGUUAUCCGGCCACGAAUUUCAAGUCGAUCGCAUCAUCCGCUUCGACGAGAUUGUCGACCAAAGGGGGAUGAUGAGCAGCAUGGAGAUGUCGUCGAUGGUGACGACCGUCGGCUCAGAAGUGACAGUGUACGGGGCCGUCGGAGCCGUCUUCCUCUUUCUGCUGGUGGCCCUGCUUCUGGGACUCUCGUUCAGCAGCCCGUGCAAAUCCGGCGACAAUGGCAAAUACCUGUCCAACAGCAGCAAUCUCGGCUACGACAGGGAUCAGAUGGAUUGCAAUUAUUCGCCGGACGGUUUCGCCGAAUGGGGUCAUAGCCUGUCGACGAUGGAAUUGAUGCCAACUCCGCCGCCGGUGAUUUACACGGAGCAGUUGGCCCGCGACAUCGAAGGCGAUUGCGUCGGACUUGAGCAGUUGCUGAAGAAGCCCAGUCAUUUCAUGUCUUCGUCCAACAGCAGCAGCAGCAGAUCGCCCCUAACGACAACGACCGAUCGCAGCAGCACUUUGGCCGACUUUCACCACCACCAGCAGCAGCGCUAUCAGAAUCCCGACGACUCCCUCUACCGCCAUAAUCAUAAUGCUAGUCGAUCCUAAUAGAAGUUACUAAAACAAACAAAAUCAUAUAUACUAUAUACAUUCCAUUCUUUCGAAUUCGAAUUUCUCGUGCAUAUAUAUAUACAUAGCCUAUACUUCUUCCUUGAUUGACUGCAGUAUAUAAUUACGAUAAACAAUAUAUACUACUGUAUAAGCGCAAAUGAUUUCUCGUGUUUGUAUACUAGUUGCAUUAAACCCUGGCGGAGAGAGUAAACAAAAAUGGCAGUACUACACACACUCUGUAAUUUUGGGCGGUUAAUAAUUUUCUUUUUUUCUUCUUUUCAUUUGUGAGAAUUUAAGAAAAGAAAAUGGGAGAGAAUAGACGCGCAUGGAAACCGGAUCGCCAUCAAAGUGCACGGGCGCGCGUGAUGCGGCAGCUCCCGACGUUCAAUUAAGAUGCGUCGGUGUGAGUCUAAAGAUAUUAGCCUCGGUCCGUCACACCGACAUAAAAGAAAAGGAGAAAGCGAAAUAAUAAAUGCACGAAAUUGUAACAUAAAGAAAACUCGCAAUUGAAUCUCUCGCCGCUAAUGAAUUUGGUUUUGUUUCUUCCUUUAGAAAAUUUAAAAAUCAAAUCAACCGCCAACUUUUUUGUCCGUAAAUUUGUUUCAAAAAGAAAAGAGAACAAUGGAGUCAGCUGAGAUCCAAUAUAUUCGAUCGGCUGCUUCGACUUUAUUCUCUUUUGUGAGCGGCGUGUUUCUAUGACUGUUUUGUAUACAUAUAUAGAGGGUCUGAAAGAUAUAAAAUAAAAAUCGUGUAAAAUUUGUAAUAGCACGUUACGCAAUCGAGCCCCGGUGGACCUUUUUUCUUUUCUCGUCUUCUUUUCCUUUGUGGUUGGCUUGAAUAAAAAUUCGCUCCCACUCUGGCGUUCUGUCAAAAUGACUAUUCGCACGCAACAGAGCAGAGCAGCCGCAAACUGAGCCAAUCGGCCGUAUUGUUGUUGUUGUUGUUGUGUGCCAUUGUGUGGCUUUCUCAGCCUGUGUGUGUUCCCCCGACCCUCCCUCUUUGGUUAAUGGGAUGACUGACGACGCUGAUUAAACACCACCAACACAACACACUCGGCUACCGCCCAAAUUGCCAAAAUGCCAACGACAUAACGAGCCACGCAGUACCAAUCCGACAAUAUUACGUCAGCGGAAAUUAAAAUAUCUCCACUACUCCUGCAAUAUUUAUAAUAAUGCUCUCCUACGAUAUGAUGUUAUAUUACUACACUGUGUGCACAAUCUCUUAACAACGUGUACUUGAUGACGAUUAUAUAAAUAUAUAUUACGGUGCCCUGUUACGUAACUGCUGCAGGCUGCGUAACACGAAAGAC